AGAGCUACGCUACCAUAUUGGAUGGGCCACUGACGCUCCAAACCCAAAAGAGUGGGCUACUAUGCCCGUUUUUUGUGCCGCACAACCGACGCGCUAUUGAAAACAGCUCACGUGGGACAUUUUUGUUACUUUUCUAGCCUACUUAUUGGGAUUUUAUAAUUUAUUUGUUUAUUUAUUUUUGUUUAUGUCGUAAUUAUAAUGCCAAGUCGUGGCCUAAUUUGGUGAAAAAGCAUAAUAAAAUGUGUUUUCAUUUGGGUAAGCGCCUUCCUAAAUACACUGGGGACAAUAGAGACCCAUCCGAGAUGGCGGCCCGCUGCUACGCUAGCUCCAAAAGGCAUCGCCAGUCUACGUCGCGUCUACGUAAAUGAUGUCUGCGCCUGUAAGUGUUGAUAUUUGAUAGAGAUGAUUGAAACGUGCAUCAUUCCAUCGCUUAUUCGUGUUCUCUCGAAGCGUAAAAAUAUCUGAGUUAACGCUUCUUUACGCUAGCAAACCAUGAAAUCAACAACAACGUUCCCCAGCUAUGUGGUCUGUUGCGUUAGCACUGAAGCUUGGAUGUAGUUAGCUGGAACACAUAGCGGUAACCUGCUGUGGGAUUGUUUUUGUUUUUUUACACAGAUCGAACCGUUUUUUUAGUUCGUCUGGUAUGCAUUUCUCCAAGAAAUGUUCCGUCUUCAAAGUGGUGCUGAGUGCUCUUUUAAUAGUAGCUCUGCUGCAGCUGAUAUACCUGUCAUUUCUGUCAAAAUUUCACGGUAAGCAGCAACGGUACCGCUACUCUGAGCUCUUUGGAGGCUCCGCGGCCAAGAAGAAUGCCUACCCCGAGAAAAACACGCGAAAAGAGCGUCUGAGAUAUUCCUUAUCCACUGGUGGGAUCUUCGACAAUAGCGGCCAGUACCGGGUAUACAAAAACCUGAUCAAAAGUGACUUCACCACUAAUCUGAUAGCAGGCUCUGACGUCAACGUCCUGACUUUAGCCACACACACCACUAUCAACAACCUGCAUCACCUGGAAUCUCUUUUAGAAAGGUGGCAGAACCCACUCUCCGUGGCUAUAUUUGCACAUGGCGAGGAUGUUAAGUUUGCCACAGCUCUGGUCUAUGCGCUCAGCUUUUUCUGCCCUCAGAUCCAAGCCCUGGUGGACUUUCAUCUGGUCUGCCUCUCAGGAGAGAUUGCCAGUUUCCCGGAACAGGACCACGAGCACUUUGCCGGGCUUGAGGACUGCGCUUCUGUCUUCUCCAGGCUGGAAACCCACAAGGAUAAAUACAAAAACUACGCCAUCAACGGAAACAUCUCCUACCCCAACAACCUCCUCCGUAAUGUUGCCCGAGGUGGUACAGAGUCCUCCUAUAUCCUGGUCCUUGACAUUGACAUGAUGCCAAGUGCUGAUCUAUACCACCAUUUCCAGGCCAUGAUCAUGAAGCGUGAGCCAGCAAGCGACGAGGUAUUUGUUUUGCCAGCUUUUGAGAUCCGCCAUGCCAGAAAGAUUCCUGCCAGCAAGGCGGAGUUGGUACAGCUCUACCAGGUGGGAGAAGUGCGGCCGUUUUAUGAGGAGCUGUGUCCUCGUUGUCAAGCUCCCACCAACUAUUCCCAAUGGGUCAACAGUCAUGUCAGAGAGAUGAGUACCCUGGAAGUUGCCUACACCCUCAACUGGAUUGACCCCUGGGAGCCUUUCUACAUCGGCCCUCACACUGUGCCCCUCUAUGAUGAGAUCUUCAAGCAGUACGGCUUCAAUCGAAUAAGCCAGGCCUGUGAGCUCCAUGUGGCCGGAUACAGGUUCUCUGUGCUGAGCUCAGCUUUCGUUGUGCACCGGGGCUUCAAGAUCCAGGGGGAGUUCCACUCUAAGAAAGAAGAGGAGAACAAACAGAAUCGAGUUCUGUUUCGCAGCUUCAAAGAGGGCCUGAAAACCAAAUACCCAUCCUCCACCCGGCGAUGCUGAAAACAAGACGAGGUUUCUGUUUUUGUAGCUCUUUCUGCCCAUCGUUCAAAGUCAGCACAAAAUAAACGUCCUAGAGUCUUCUCAUUAAUCAGAGAAGAAUCAGCCGGAGUUUCAAUAAAUCCAGUUCAUUUCAAGUCUGAAACUUUGCAACGUGGAAGUUCAAAGAGGCCUAAUUUAGACUGAAAAGACAAUUUAUAGUGAUCACCAAAUGCACAAACAGUCGGCUGAUUGCAUUUGAGAAAUAUGUUUUAAUAUUUUUCAUUUGUGAAGAUGCUAAAACAUUAAGUAACGAAACGUUUUUAACACUUCAAGUCAAUUAAUUAAACAUCCCUUUUCUACCUAAGUCACAGGUGACAUCGCAUCUGCAAAGAUUUACUUUAGAAGAAGUCAAACAUUUAAAAAACUAAAACUAAAAACCACAAUGGUCAUUGAUGGACACUAAUCUGCAUGCUUUACAUUCAAAUUCAGUAGUUCUCAAGUUCUACAGAUUCCAGGUAUUCACUCAUUCAUUAGAACCAGUUGUAAAAAGUAGAGAAAAAUCCAAAAGAUGUAGGAAAGUGGCCUUAAAUACGGGAGCGUAUCUCCGUCAUCGGGAUGGAAAAAAAAGGCAUCAAUAUCUCGGAAUAACGAGGAUGUUGCUUGUUACAAUGUUAUAUAAACCUUGUUUUGACGGGAAACAUUCUUGUAGUAACAAUAUAUAAAAGAGGUUUUAAAUGAGAAAGGUCGUAACAGUAAAAUGGUGAUGGUGUGUUGUGUCGUACACCUCUGCUCCACAACAAAAAGGCGGAAAACUAGUGCAUAGCUCAACAUAUUAUAUUCACUAGCUAGCUAUCGUUACUUACAAACAACUUACAGCUUUUCGUGCUGAGAGGUUACACAAACGAAAUAGGAGCAUAAAAACACCCAAACUUUCCCAACACAAAGAAAACACGUCUAAUGCAAUAUCGGGAUAUACUUAUUUUUUGUAUAUCAUUUUCUUAAUGUAAAAAGGUUUUACAUUUUUUUUAAAUGUGGAAAAAGCACAAAAUGGAAAUCAAAUUUUACUUUGAAAAGUGUAAUUUAGCCAGAAAGCGGCAGUAUCGCAUUUUGUGUGGGAAAGAAAAUCAAAUAUGUUUCUCUGACAAAUGAAAGUUUCUUAAAAUGAAUGAAGAGGCUCCCUCUGAGUCCAUCUUCUCCCAUCGUUUCUUCUGGAUGGGAUUCCAACGUCCCGCGAGAUGUCUGUGUUUUACCGUUAUGAGAAAUUAAACAGGUUUUUACGAGAAACAUGCUCUUAAUAAUGUGUUUUAGUAUCUCAUAAUAUGUUUUAUGAUUUUGUGAAAAUGCGAUUUAGUAUCUCAUAUUAACUGUUUUGGUUUCUCUUAAUAACGUGAUUCAGUAGCUCCCUAUAACAUGUUUAAUAUUUCCUAAUAACGCGUUUUAGUAUCUCGUAAAAACACGAUUCAGUAUCUACUAAUAAGAUGUUUAAUAUUUCAUAAUAACGCGCUUUAGUAUCUCGUAAUAACACGAUUCAGUAUCUACUAAUAAGAUGUUUAAUAUUUCAUAAUAACGCGCUUUAGUAUCUCGUAAUAACACGAUUCAGUAUCUACUAAUAACGUGUUUUAUAUUUCCUAAUAACAUGUUUGAGUAUGUCAUAGUAACUGUUUUGCUUUCUCUUAAUAAUGUGAUUCAGUAUCUCCUAAUAACAUGUUUUAGUAUUUCAUAAUAACAUGUUUUAGUAUGUCAUAGUAAUUAUUUUGGUUUCACUUAAUAAUGCGAUUCAGUAUCUCCUAAAAACGUGUUUUUGCAUUUCAUAAUACGUUUCAUGAUCUCGUGAAAAUGCGAUUUAGUAUCUCAUUGUUUCUCUUAAUAACACGAUUCAGUAUCUCCUUAUAACAUGUUUAAUAUUUCAUAAUAACGCAUUUUAGUAUGUUAUAGUAACUGUCUUGCUUUCUCUUAACACAUUUCAGUAGCUCCCUAUAACAUGUUUAAUAUUUCCUAAUAACGCGUUUUAGUAUCUCGUAAUAACACGAUUCAAUAUCUACUAAUAAUGUGUUUAAUAUUUCCCAAUAACGCGUUUUAAUAUGUCAUAGUAACUGUUUUGCUUUCUGUUAAUAAUGCAAUUCAGUAUUCUCUAAUAACGUGUCUAGUAUUUCUCAAUAACACAUUUUAGUAUCUCGUAAUAACAUGUUUCAAGAUCUCAUAACGCAUUUCAGUAGCUCAUUAACACAAUUUAGUAUCUGCUAAUAACACGUUUUAGUUUCUCAAAAUAACAUGUUAUAAUAUUUUAUAACAAGAAACAUUCUCGUUAUUACAAGACACUGGUCUUUUUUUUUCUUUCACUGACGGCAAAAUGCUUCCAUAUUCAAAGACCAAAGAUUGGAGUAGGUGAUUAAUUUUGUCAGAUAGGAGUUUAAAAUAGUGAAAAUAAAUAAAUGUGUAAGAAUUCAUUUUUGAAAAAAUAGUCUUAAUUUAACAUAAAUGCCUCAAGAACUGUACGGACUAAACAGCAAAGACUUUUAUAAAAGCAUCUAUAGGCCUGAUUAUAUUGUCAGUAAUGACCUCUGACCACUUGGUGGUGACUGUCACUUCAGAAUUGAGUGCACAGUGACUGAAUCCUGUAUGGUUUCCUGCAUCGUAGCUCGGGGGGUUGAUGCUCAGAAGGAUGUGACUUUACUCCACACCUCAGCUGUUGGCACAUUUCUGAUAGCUUCAGCACCUUGUGACUGCUUGUUUGUUGACUCAUUAAAACAAGUUGAGAUGAUGAGAACAAAACUCUCAAGCCUUCCGUACAGAUACUAGCUUUGUGCUAAUGCUAGCUGUACUGAAACAUUGAGAAUCAGAUGCUUAUUGUCUGCUUAUGAAUCUUUAUUGUAGCCAAGGUAAAAACCACAAUCAAAAGCAACCUGUGUUAUUAAGAGAGUGACUGGAAAAUGCUUCUCUUAACACCAUAAGUCAAUUAAAAGGUAAUUAUUAGGUCUCAGACGUUUAGCAAACACAGAUACAAUUGUACAGUAUUAAACCAUGACAACUCAUUUCUCAUGUCUGUAAAUGCAUAAAUAAAUGUUCCUAUUUGACUAUGUUUUACAGUUAGAUUGUUUCUUUUUUAAUGUUUUUCCUUUUCUACUUGUUUUGCCUUUAUUUAUUUUAACAAUGUUUUAUUGAAAAAAAAAAGUAUUGGCUGUACCUAUUUUUGAAAACCCAAGCAAAAAACUGUAGCAUGAAUCUGUGUUGGAUUUUAUUAUUGUGCUGUUUUUAUGUUUACCACUAUAAAUUAAUUUGUGUGACGUUUCAGAAGUUUUUAAAAGUGUAAUUUAGUGAUGUUUGUCCAUUUCAGAUAUUUUAUUUUUGUGCUUUUAGAUUAAAAUACCUGAUUUGUAUAGUUUUACCUGCUAUUAAAUACAUUGUACAACUUU